AUUCUAUAAAUCAUUGGCCACUCUCCAUUCACCUCUUAGUGUGUAACCAAUUCUUCUCUUUUGCUUUCUCUCUCCAAAUUCAUCACAACUUCUCUCGUACCUCUGCAGAGAAGUAAACAUUUAGGAGUGAGAGGGAGGGAGAGAGAAGGAAAGCUUGGUAGCGAUGGGGAAGGAGCAAGUUCAGGUGCUGAAUGCCCUGGACGUGGCAAAGACACAAUGGUAUCAUUUCACAGCAAUCAUCAUUGCUGGAAUGGGCUUCUUCACUGAUGCUUAUGAUCUGUUCUGUAUAUCACUAGUCACAAAGCUACUUGGUCGCAUUUACUACCACGUUGAUGGGGCUGCAAAGCCUGGUUCAUUGCCUCCCAAUGUGUCAGCUGCAGUUAAUGGUGUAGCUUUUGUUGGAACACUUUCAGGGCAACUCUUCUUUGGCUGGCUCGGCGACAAAAUGGGCCGAAAAAAGGUCUAUGGCAUGACCCUUGCGCUUAUGGUUAUAGCUUCCAUUGCUUCGGGUCUAUCCUUCGGACACGAUGCAAAGACUGUGAUGACAACUCUAUGCUUCUUUCGCUUCUGGCUUGGUUUUGGCAUUGGUGGAGACUACCCUCUUUCGGCCACCAUAAUGUCUGAGUAUUCUAAUAAGAAGACUCGAGGUGCCUUUAUAGCUGCAGUGUUUGCCAUGCAGGGUUUUGGAAUUUUGGCAGGAGGUGUGUUUGCUAUUAUCAUAGCAUCUGUGUUCAAGUCCAAGUUUGAUUCUCCACCAUACGAGGUUGAUCCGUUGGGUUCGACUGUUCCACAAGCAGACUAUGUUUGGAGGAUAAUUCUCAUGUUUGGAGCAAUUCCUGCUGCAAUGACUUACUACUCGCGAUCCAAGAUGCCAGAAACCGCUCGUUACACUGCCUUGGUUGCCAAGAAUAUGGAGAAGGCUGCAGCAGAUAUGUCUAAGGUUAUGAACAUGGAGAUUCAAGCCGAGCCAAAGAAGGAGGAGGAGGCACAAGCUAAAUCAUAUGGAUUGUUCUCCAAGGAGUUCAUGAGUCGCCAUGGACUGCAUCUGCUCGGAACAACAAGCACAUGGUUCUUGCUUGACAUUGCAUUCUACAGCCAAAAUCUUUUCCAGAAGGAUAUCUUCAGCGCAAUUGGUUGGAUUCCUCCGGCAAAAACAAUGAAUGCUCUUGAGGAGGUUUUCUUUAUUGCAAGGGCUCAAACUCUUAUUGCUCUAUGCAGUACAGUUCCUGGAUACUGGUUCACUGUGGCCUUCAUUGAUAGGAUAGGAAGAUUCGCCAUCCAAUUGAUGGGAUUCUUCUUUAUGACUAUCUUCAUGUUUGCUCUUGCCAUUCCCUAUGAUCACUGGACUCUUAGGGAGAACAGAAUUGGAUUUGUGGUCAUUUACUCUCUCACAUUCUUCUUUGCAAACUUUGGGCCUAAUGCCACCACAUUUGUUGUGCCGGCGGAGAUUUUCCCAGCUAGAUUUAGAUCCACUUGCCAUGGAAUAUCUUCAGCAUCUGGGAAGCUCGGGGCUAUGGUUGGUGCAUUCGGGUUUUUAUAUUUGGCACAGAAUCAGGACCCGAGCAAAGCAGAUGCAGGGUACCCUGCAGGUAUUGGUGUGAGGAAUUCACUGCUUGUGUUGGGUGUGAUUAACAUUUUAGGCUUCAUGUUCACUUUCUUGGUGCCUGAGGCCAAGGGUAGAUCCUUGGAGGAGAUUUCGGGAGAGCAAGAAGAGGAGACCAAGGUGUAAAAAUAAUGGCAACAGAAUAAUUCAGUGUCUUUCUCUAGUUUAUUAGUGAUCUGUUACUAGAAUAAAGCCGUGCCUUAAUUCGGCUAGGGAAUUGUAGCCAAAGCUUUCCCUUCCCGUUUGAUUAUUUCUUUUUCUAUUUGGUUCUGCUCUAUCUUGUUGUAAUAAUAGGGACCUGAGGUACUGCUUGUUCUUUGAAUUUUGGGAAAAUAGAUAUUGGAAUGUGUAGUUCUUCCUAUAAUCUUCCUGCUGAAUUAGAUCAUUAGAGUAAUUAUUCUU